CCCCCUGGAACCGGAUUGGAAAAUAAAAGACUGAAACAGAAAGGAAAAAAAGUUGAAUCGGCAUUGUGAUGAAAAUGGUCGAAUUUGCUCAGAGCUCAGUCGCUUAUUCAAGGAUGGAGCGAAACAACAAGCGACGACGACGUGAAGCCGAAGCCAGCGACGCUGAGCACGAUGAAAGGACGACCGUGAACGAGUUCAAUAACGAUGAUGGUGACGUCAAUAUCGAGGACGAGAACGAGCGAGAUCGCGUCAAGCGUGUGCGCCUCAUGGCAGCGAGCGUGGCGCCGGACUCGUGGAAGGCUGCUGCAAUGCUACCCGACUCGAGCGACGACGACGAAGACGACGAGAACGAUCAUGAUGAUAAGGAUGACGAGAACGAGAACGAUGAAAGCGACGCCGAGGAGCAAGACCAAGACCAAGACGACGACGAGGAUCAAUCCGAAUCCGAAUCUGCAGCCGAUCAAGAGGACCACACUGAACUCAAGGCUGACGGAACGCAUGUCGUGCACUACAAGAACGGAAACACAUUUACUGGAACAAUCCGAGACGGCCUGAAACAGGGCCCUGGCGUGAUGCAGUACCACGAUGGCGUCGUUCUCACGGGAACCUACGUCGAUGAUCAGCUGGAAGGAGCCUCGCGGUACGACUACCCGGACAAGACAUACGUGCUGUGCACCCACCACCGAUCGAGACUGACUGGGCUUGCAACAGAGUACGAUGACCAAGGGCGGCGGUUGCAACUGCGCCACCACAACAACAGCAACGAUAACUCGGACGACAACGACGACGACGACGACAACGACGACGUUGAGAUUCUCGCAACGACAAUGUACUAUGUCGAUGGCGGCCGGCUCGAUCUAGGACCCAAUGUCACAAACAACGACGAGGAAGCUCAGUCGCCAGACACGUCUGCCACGGCCGCUACAGAGGGCGUUUGCGGCGGCGAGUACGAUUUUCCAAACAGCGUGGUCACUCUGCGAGGCGACUGGCGACGCACCACGUUAAUCUCGGCUCGGGCGUACGAUAACAACAACAGGCCGUUCAAUCCUGUCGCAGCGCGUCGCGAAAUCACCUGCGCAGCACCCAGCACCUGCUUUGAGCCCGCACCCGAAAGCGACACCCUCUCUGCCAAAUUCACGCGAACGUUCGCAACAGAUGCGCACAUUUGCGAUGCCCCAUUGCUGCCCGAUCCUCACGAGUCGAUUUUGGUGUACGUUGCGCCUUCGACUGUGCCAGGCGCGGGCGAGGGGCUGUUUGCCCGUGUCGACAUUGCUCCUCGCACUGUGGUGUCGUUUUAUCAUGGCGUCCGCGUGUCUCAUGCAGAGGUGGAUGCUCGGGAUUGGAGCGCCAAUUCAAACACCAUUUCGCUGGACGAUACAGUCGUUAUUGACGUUCCCGUCCCGUUCGACAACGUCAACUCGUACUGCGCGACGCUCGGCCACAAGGCCAACCACCAUUUCCAACUCAAAAAUGCCGAGUAUGGGCUGUUCACCCACCCGCGGUUUGGGCUGAUCAAGUGUGUCCAGGCGCUCGACAGGGCUAUUCCAGCCGGCAGCGAAAUCUUUGUCUCGUACGACUACAAGCCUGACCAGACCACCGGUGACGAACCUCAAGCACCUCAAUGGUAUCUGGAUCAGUAUCAUGAGCACAUGAAGAUUCAGGCGGGGCGCUAGUGCCGAGUGAGGCAAGAGAUGGUUAUUUUUUUGGUUUAAUAAAUGCAAUCAAUCGA